AUGGCGUAUGGAAGGUAUGGUGGUUCAACAGAUGUGAGCAAAUUUCCAAAUCCGCAAGAGCUAAAUUUUAUUGUGGAUGAUCAUAUAACAGAAACUAUACAUAAAGCUGUUGAACAGUUCCGGGAGGAGUCUGGAAAUAUUGAGCUGUCUAUAAACAAAAUAAGCUUUGAUCGCGAAUUUCUGAGAUCCAAGAAAGUUCACCCAGAUGCCUUUUUGCAAUUAGCAUUGCAAUAUACUUACUACAAGAUGUACAGAAGACCUGCCCCAACAUAUGAGACAGCUACAACUCGCCAGUUUUAUCAUAGCAGAACGGAAACAGUGAGGACAUGUUCUGUGGAGGCAAUACAAUGGUGUCAGUAUAUGACGGGUGAAAACAUUGAACCAUCUAAAACUUUAAACUUGUUUCUCACGGCGAUUAAUAAGCAUGUGCAGUUGAUGGGUGAAUGUAAACGCAACGAGGGCUGUGAUCGACAUUUUUAUGGAUUAGAAAUAAUUGCAGCAGAGAAUGGAAUACCGCUUCCAGAAUUAUAUAAAGACCCUUCGUAUAUGAAAAGCGGUGGAGAUGGAAAUUACAUUCUAUCGACUUCUAUGUCUGGAUAUUCAUCAGUGUUAGCUUUCAUGCCACCGAUGUGCGAAAACGGAUAUGGUGUUUUCUACUCCUUCCCCCAGAACGAGCUAACACUGUUUGUGUCGUCCUGGAAGAAAGACAAGGCGACCGACUGUGUACUUUACAGGGAAAAUUUAGAAAAAACUAUUAAUGAAAUGCUGACGAUACUCACCAAUUCCACCUUUGAUGGAUACUGUCUGAUGUAUAAAAGUCACAAGUGACACCAACCGAGAAAAAAUCAAUUGUGAUUGAUGCACAACUUAUAUCAACUUAGAUUUCACAAGAACAUACUUGAUUGUUUGCCCUAGUUUAGCUACCAUGAACACAUAUAAUUAGGGAUGAACGAAAAAGUAACACGCCAACAAAUAAAUAAAAAUUUAUAAACAUU